AUGGUCACCUGGAACAAUUCAGCCAAGGUUCUUUGGGAUCCUGCGGUGACGGAGACGUUUAGGGGAGGACUAAAUGAAAGCUCUCAAAAUUCGGAAUUGUGGUUUAUGACGCUACGCAACUGGCACCUACAGCUGUUCCUCAUCCCCGCAGCCAUCUUUACCACCCUGACCCUGACCAUCAACCCCCUCCUGCUUAUCAGCAUCACCUCGUCCAGGAGUCUCAGGCAGGAGACACGCUACAUCCUGCUGGCCAACACCUUGCUGGCUGAUGUCCUCUUCCUGGUCCUCAACCUCUCCAUUUCCAUCUGUAACAUGACAGGGCAGCAGCUUCGGAAGCAGCUAUGCGAGGUGCUCAUAGCAGCCACAGUCACGGCCUACUGCGGCGGGGUCAUGACCAUCACUUUCAUGGUCGUUGACACUUACGUGGCUGUCCGUUGGCCCUUGCACUACCAGAACCUGCUGCCCACUUCCAGGACUAAGAAGAUCCUGGCUGGGGUGUGGAUCUUGGCAGCCCUGUAUCCUACAACUGUGGUGAUCAUCUUGGAGACUCUGGAUGUUAGUUCCCAGAGGAGGCAGAGAGUUUGCCUCAUGCUUAUGACGCUGGGAUCCGGAUCUUUGGGAGAUGCAAUGAUCAUAGGAGUCCAUACCUACUUCUCUCUAGGAGUCGUGCUCUGCUCUUCCCUGAUCCUGUAUUGCUACAUCCACCUCUAUUUCGUCACCAAGACCGCCGGCAUCUGGCAGAGUCGCUAUUCCAGGGCCAGGGUAACUCUUCUGGCCCAUGCCGUCAUGCUCCUGCUCUAUUUCGGCCCAGGCCUGGUCUUCGCUGUCGAACUCAUCCUCUUUCACCAUCCCUCAGUCAGCAUGGAUGUCAGGGUUUGGGUGAACAUCACAAAUUUCAACCUGUUAAUGCUGCUGCCCAGAGCUUGCUUCCCUUACCUGUAUGGCCUGAGAUACCGGGAGAUCUCAGACACUCUCAGGGGGCUCUUCCACAGACGGAAGAUGAGCCAAAUCAGAGCCGCAUAG